AUGACCGUGGAAAGCAGCCUUAAGACCUCCCCCAUUUACAUCGAGGCAAGGCUGAGGGAGGCAGCCACUGAGCUGGCAUCUUUGCAGGAGGCCGUCCGCCGGCUACAGCAUCAGCGUCAAGAGGCGGCGCUGCGCAAGGAGGCCUUGCAGCGUGCCGUGGAAGAGGAGCGGCCACGGUGCACGAUCUGA